AGGAAAAAGAACCCUGGAGUGACUGUGGGUUAACAGGAAAACUGAAUUUGUUCUUUACUGCAAUUGAAAGCACUGGAAAAUGUGCAAAGGAUUAGCCGCUUUACCCCAAACCUGCCUCGAAAGGGCCAAGGAGAUCAAGUCAAAAUUAGGAGUCUUACUGCAGAAGCCGGAAAAUGCCAUCGACCUCAUCAUCCCCUACCCUGAGAAGACUGAAAAGAAACCGGAGAAGCUCCAGAAGCCUGCUCCUGAAGAGGCUUCUCAAUGGCGUGAGAGUCUGGACCGGGUCCUGAACAACAGCUAUGGUCUGUCUGCCUUCCGUAGCUUCCUGCAGUCUGAGUUCAGUGAUGAGAACAUCGAGUUCUGGAUGGCCUGUGAGGAUUUCAAGAAGACCAAGAACCCAGCGAAGAUGGCUGCCAAGGCAAAGAAGAUCUACGAAGACUUCAUCCAGUCUGAGGGACCCAGAGAGGUCAAUAUUGACCACUUCACCAAGGAUGUGACCCUGAGGAACUUGGUGGAGCUUUCCCCUUCAACCUUUGACCUGGCCCAGAAGAGGAUCUAUGCCCUCAUGGAGAAAGACUCCUUUGGCCGUUUCCUCCGGUCUGAGCAGUACCAGGAGCUCCUGGUCAACUAAAUUGAGGAGCUAGGGCAGGGGUGGGUAGGUGGGGAGAUUUUAAACAGUAGCUAGAUGGUUUGAAAAAAAGAAAACUAAUGAAGAAUUUCGAUUAAAUAUUUAUAAUAAACUACAGUGUGUGUGUGUGCAAACUAUAAUCUGGAAGACUUUUGUUUUCCAAAAUCCAAAUUGUGAAUGUCAUAGAUAUUACAUUUCAAAAUUACAUUUUGAAUUCAGCUAAAGUGAAAAAAAUGCCUUUUGAAAUAGCCCCACCUUUCCACCCACCCACCCCCGCACACACACGCACGUUCCUAAAUUUGGACUCUAAAACUUGAUGGUUUCCUAGCAUGACCUCAAAUGUAAAUCAAAAUUUCCUUUGAAAAAAGUACAGGGAUGCACCAACACACACCAAUAUACACACUAAAUCUAUAUCAAAACAUGUAAAAGUAAUCUCUAUGGAAACCAGACAAAUCUUAACUAGGUCAGAAAGUUAGUUCUUCAGUUUGGGAUUUGAAAAUCAUCCUUUUGAAAAUAUCCCUUAUAACCAUAACCUAACAUAUAGUUGCACUUACUGCUUGCAUCACAGUGUUGGAACUUUGUCAGACAGAUUUAUCAUUAUGUGUAAGCUGGGCCCCAUUGUUUACCAUGCACCUUUGACACAUGGUGGUAGCAUGAAAAA